GCUGUGUUAUCGAUGUUCUAAGAUUAUAAAACUCCGGCGAAUUCGAGGAUUUUGUCAGUUUUAGUUCUUUCCCGCCGAGAUGUGGUCGGUGUUAGCAGGCGUGUUAGCCGUAGCGUCACUGGGUGCAGCUUGCACCCCCAGUGUGACGACAGUCAGUGGGACCCACGCCCCAGCCACCGUGUGCUCGGGGGCUCUCAUCUUCGCUGAUGAUUUCGAGAGUUUCGAUCUUGAGAAAUGGCAGCAUGAGAACACUCUUGCCGGUGGCGGUAACUGGGAGUUCCAAUACUACAGCAACAACCGAUCAAACUCGUUCACUCACAGUGGACGCCUGUUCAUCCGUCCCUCGCUGACUUCUGACCAGUUUGGGGAGGCCUUCCUGUCUCAUGGCACAUUGAACGUUGAAGGAGGCGCACCCGCGGAUAGAUGUACAAACCCAAGAUGGUGGGGAUGCGAACGUACUGGCAGUCCUUCGAAUAUUUUGAACCCUAUCAAGAGUGCACGUAUCCGUACUGUAAAUUCGUUCAGCUUCCGCUAUGGUCGCGUUGAAGUUCGCGCAAAAAUGCCUGCUGGAGACUGGCUUUGGCCCGCUAUCUGGUUGAUGCCUGCUUACAACACAUAUGGUACUUGGCCCGCGUCUGGUGAGAUCGACUUAGUCGAGUCUCGAGGCAACCGCGCCAUGACACAACACGGCGUUCACAUUGGCACACAAGAAGCCGGUUCCACUCUUCAUUACGGUCCUUACCCCGAAUUGAACGGCUGGGAACGUGCCCACUGGCUGAGAAGAAACACGGCUGGAUACAACAGCAACUUCCAUCGUUACCAACUCGAAUGGACUCCAAAUUACUUGCGAUUCAGCAUUGAUGAUGUCGAACUUGGACGAGCGACACCUGGCAAUGGUGGUUUCUGGGAAUACGGCGGCUUCAACACCAACUCCAGGAUCGAAAACCCCUGGAGAUACGGCAGCAAGAUGGCACCGUUUGACGAAAAGUUUUACCUCAUUAUCAACUUGGCGGUAGGAGGAACUAACGGAUUUUUCCCCGAUAAUGUCGCCAACCCCACACCCAAACCUUGGUGGAAUGGCUCUCCUUCGGCCGCAACUGACUUCUGGAAUGGCCGCUGGGGAUGGUUGCCCACUUGGAACCUAAACUCCAAUGACGGUCAGGAUGCAUCCCUACAAGUUGAUUACGUACGCAUUUGGGCUUUGUAAUCAGUAAAAGAAUACAUCAUUUAUAAGAGUAAUAAACCAUUUAAAAUCUUU